AUGGAACAAGGAACUCCAAGCAUGACCGGGAGUGAGACUCCUAGUAAAAAGGGGAAGGUCGCACUCCCAGCGAGUUGCGAUCCACCACAGCCUGGCGUACCACGGAAGCCCCUAGUUUGGAUCGUCUUCGGCGGCACCGGCCAAAUUGGCCGUUCCCUGGUCAAGAGCUGCCUCAACCACGGCGACUUCGUCACCAUCGUAGGCCGCAUCUUCGAGUCCACGCGGGAGCAGAUGGCUGCGGCGCACCUGCACCACCCGCAAGCAGAGAACGCCUUCGGCACUCUAUGCGACGUGCGCGACUACGCCUCGGUCAACCGGGUCAUUGAUCAGACGCUCGACCGGUUCGGGCGCAUCGACUGCAUCGCCAACUGCUCCGGCUACGGCGUCAUCGGCGCGUGCGAGGACCAGGACGAGCACGAGAUCCGCAACCAGUUCGAGACGAACUUUAUGGGCACCGUGCACAUCAUCCAGGCCAGCCUGCCCUAUUUCCGCGAGUUAGGGCACGGCGGGCGGUACAUCAUUUUCAGCUCUACGUCUGGGGCGCUAGGCGUGCCGGGUCUGGGACCCUAUUGUGCGACCAAGUAUGCGGUGGAAGGUCUGAUUGAGGCGAUGCUUUACGAGGUUGACGCGUUCAACAUCAAGGCCACUCUCGUCGAACCGGGGUUGGUAAGGAGGGACGAGGCUGAUACAUCUAUGGUGCCCCGCUGGGGCCAUUUCUUGAUCAAGCCGGCCAGUGAACCGUACUCACAUGCGACGUCGCCGGCGCUGCAUGCGAAAAGGAUGGUGCAGUGGUUAGGCGAUAAGCAGCCGACCAGUGCCCAGAAGUGCGCGGACUUGGUGUGGCAGCUGGGCCACUGCUCGUACCCGCCGCUGAGGUUGCUGUUGGGCAGUUAUGCGAUUGAGAGUAUCCGGGACCGGUUGCGGUCAGUAACGGAGGAGCUGGAGGACUGGAAGCACCUGCAUUUUCCGGUGGCGCCGGAGCCGGGGAGUAGCGGGGAGAAUAGGGGUGAGGACGGCGAAAACAAGGGGAGUGAUAAUGUCGACAGAGACCAGGACAUGGAGAUGGAGGCUGAGACGUCUCCUACUAGCACCAAAGAAUAAUCACGGUUCGGUAAUGAUGGGCGCCUCAGCCUCCUGAAAC